CGGAAGCAGAAUGACUUGUGGCGCGCCUGAUCGGAAAUCUCGCCCGGCUGCUGUUUCGUUUCCCAUUCGGAGAUGCUAACCAGUUAGCCACAACGCAACCGUGUCCGAGUGUCAUGUGCGCGGUGACAACGUCGGCGGAAGCAGGUGCCUGUUCCAGUUUGAACUCUGUAGCUGCAUUGAGUGCGAAGCACUGACAGAUUUCCAGCUGCUCCUCUGACUGCUGCUCUUCUCCAUGAGGUACAGAGGAGCACAGCUCUGUCGCUGGGCUCAUGGCUCGUGCUGCCUGUCCCGCCUCUCCCUCUCUGGAUCUCUGUGUGGCAGAACUACUUUAGUCCGAACCUACAGUGCUCAUCAUGAGCCAACCUCCCCACCACCCCCUAACCCUGCACCUCCUGAGGGGAAGGGUGGAGCUGAGGUGGUGAAGGAGCGGGCCCUGGCUGCCCUACAGUAUGCAGGUGAGCUGGGGCGACAGUGGGGUCAGAGGUCGGCUCAAACGGCCACUGCCUCAGUCAACUACUGGUGGGAGAGGUACGAGGAGUUUGUCGGGCUCAACGAGGUCCGGGAGGCUCAGACCAACGUCACUGAGGCCGAGGCAGCGUUCAUGGUGGCCAGGGGGAUGGUGCGGGAGGCACAUGCCAGCCUGGAGGCCCUGCAGGUCAGGCUGAAGGAGGUCCGGGACCGGCUGGACCGAGUGUCCAGGGAGGAGGCUCAUUACCUGGAGCUGGCGACGCUGGAGCACAAACUGCUGCAGGAGGAGCGUCGUCACCGGACAACGUACGAGAAUGCUGAGGGUUCGGAGAGGGAGAAGUUCAAUUUGUUUUCAGUAGCCGUCAGAGGGAGCCACGAAAAGGAGAGGACAAGAGCCGAACGGACCAAGAACUGGUCCAUCAUUGGCUCGGUGCUGGGAGCCCUGAUCGGGGUCAUGGGAUCAACGUAUGUCAACCGUGUCCGCCUGCAGGAGCUGAAGACUCUGCUGCUGGAGGCCCAGAAAGGUCCAGAGAGUCUGCAAGACGCUCUCAAAGUCCAGGCAGGAAACCAUCGCUCCCAGCGGGACGAGCUCCGAGCUCUCAUUGACAGCCUCAAGGUCACUUUGAAUGACGCUUUCACACCGAGGAGCGCAGUCCUCAAAGUCCAGAGAGCUCCAGCACCAGAGCCACCCAGUGUGCCUGUCUCAGCCUUAAAAGACCUCACCAUCUUUAGCCAAAGGACACAGUCCCUGCUCGAGUCCCUCCAACCACAACUGGGACAACUGGAGCAAGGACUUGGUAGAGUUGAGAGCAAAUUGUCUGUGGUGAAAGGGCUGCUGGACGCCAAACCACAGGCCGAAACCCAGGCUCCAGAGCCGCGGGUAGAGAGACCAGAGAGAGAAGAGAGAGUGGACCUGUGGGAAUCUGAGGCGGCGGCGGCGGCGAGGCGUCUUGAGGAGACCCAGAGGACGCUGGGAGAAGGAAUAAGGACAAACACUAUUUAUAAUGCUGUGUUUACUUGCACCGCCACCGCCAUCACCAUCUCUGCCGUCUACCUGAUGCUCAGGGGAGCUGGUUAGACGUGAUACCACCAGACUGAGUAUGUCCACGUGCACUGAUACGUUAUCAGACACUGGGGAAAUAAAAUCUGAAUUAUAUCAUAAUAUAACAUUGAUGUGGUUGGAAGCAUGGACUGUAAAUAAAGAUGGACGACACGUCUCCACUUCCUGUUGUUUUACAAAUAUUAAGCCUCCGAUUUUGGAAGCUGUCAUGUCGUCCAUCUUUAUACACAGUCUGUGUUUGAGUAAUCUCUAAUGAACGAGUUCCAGGUAUUUUGGGUUGAUGUCUACUGAACCACUAAAGCUGCUUUCAGAUACUUUGUGAUAUCAAGAUAAAAUAUAUAGAGAAUUUAACAUGAUCACUGAGCAAUAUAAGUUUUCAUCAUCUCUUUUCCAUCACUGUACAAUAAAUGUUUAAUUCACUUCGACUCAUGAUAUAAAACAAAGCACAUCCUCCCAGUUGUUAAGCUGGAAUCAGGACGUCUUUGAUUUUCUAAA